GUGUGCAAGUUCUCAUUAGACCAGGAAGAUGGUUUCAGGACCAAGUAUAGUAGUUUGGCUUGCUUCUGUUGUAUGUAUCAUACAUGGUGAACACAACAAAAUAUGCGAUCGAAAUGGAAUGAAAUGUGAAAAAGUUCCGACCGGCUUGAAAGGUGAACCUUUGGAUGAAUUCAGAUCCUGGUGGAGUAAAAUGUCGGAGCAAAAGCCAUUGCGGACCAAGUGCGUUCUCCCAUCAAAGGUUCCGCUCAUGCCAAAUGUAAAGCCACCCAUCCUGGAAUCGUUCGCGUGUUCGGAAACAGAUCUCCCAAUCUUUUUCGAGUUCUCUGGGUUGAUUGAUUCCAACCAUUUGUUUCAAGGACCAGGGAAGUUGACCAUUUUUGGACCCAGUAAGAAAGGACAAGUCCACAAGCAUCCAGGAACUUGCAUAAGGUAUCGAAAAAUAUCCUUCAUUGUUCCAAAAGUCAUCGUUGGGUUCUUUCUUUUUGGUAAACCCCAUGGUCUGGUCAGGGUCGAAGGUCAAGAACAAGGCUUAAUGAUAGGGGAGGUGAGAGAAGGCUGUCCUCAUGGGUUUUUGCGAUUGUGGAGGGACCCCGACACCUUGGCGUACGCCUAUUACUCUUUCAAUGGCGACUUACCCGUAUUCUCAUGGUACAAUGUGAAUGGAACAUUUUUGUACCGGAUUCUUCGCCAGACCCCUGAGUACAUUGAGAAUGAAGAAGAUGCCAAAUUUAUGGCGGUGGCUAUCCACAAUGGUACCAAUGUAUUUGCCGGAGAAGAUUUGUAUGAUUUCAAUGUCAUCGUCAACGCUUCAAGCGUGAAAAUUGAAUCUUGGACGGAAGAAAAUUGUCUUCUACAUCCACAUUUCAUCAACGUUUUGGGAUCUAGUCCAUUUACUUUUCAUCCUGCACAAGGUCAAGUGGUUUUUGAAAGCAGUCAAAAACGCUCUUGGACAUUUUGCCACAGUUGUCAAAAGAGUACUAAAAAUGCCAUUCGUGAGUUUAUUGCUCACUUUAACCCUUCUUCAGGUCAAAUGUGGACAAUGACUCCAGAUGAUUCUGAAGUAGAUCCCGAUGCUCCACAAUUGAUCUCAGAUUUAAAGCAUGUCAACGGACUGAAUUUCAAAUGCAGAUUAUUGGGAUCGAAGAAAAUUGUCCGCGCCCAAUUAACGUUUGGAAAAAUUGACUCCCUCAACCGAAUUUUGGGUCCAUUUGGACUUUCAUUUAACCCAGCGGAUACUCCAACAUUGGCCCCAUUUGAUCAAGGAAUCGCCAAGAUAUGCGGGCAUCUUAAAUAUGGUCAACUGUCGUCAUUCAUCAGAAUCCAUAUAAAAGACGGUGGGUAUGUCUACUCGAGGAUAAAAAAUGGCGUUCUUCAUGGACCCGCAAGGGCAUUAUUACUGACAACACUCUUACCUUUGGAUGAGGCUUACCAGAGUCCCGAGUUUCUCGUUACCGAAAGCCAUGAUAUUCGUACUAUCUUCCAUUAUAAAAGUGGAAAAGUUCAGGGUCCAGUUUGGUUCAUGAUGAUUGGCGGAGGUUUCCUUUACGGAUAUUUGGAUACACACGGAAAGUUCACGGGUGACCAGAUGGCCUUUGUUUACCCUGACUACGAGACAGCCUUAGUUGGACGCUUUGAGGAUAAGGUUAUGAAGGCCGGACAGGAGGCCACAAUCACAGGGACAACUUGCGAUCCCAAUGAAAUGCUGGUCCUUCAGUUCUCAGAGCCUUCAGGACCGGUGCUCUUUUACUCCCCUCCCACAAAUAUUUCCUUUGGGGAAGGUCCUCAGGCCAUCGACCCCUUUGAAGCGAAAUGGGCCGAGAUUCGGCGCUCUAAUGUCCAUGGGGGUGGAGAAGGUGUCUUUGCCGUUCGCGACGUCCCAAGUGAUCAAAUAUUCUGUCUUUAUAGUGGCUUCAUUUACCGGAAUCGUGAAGAAAAGGAACUCUUUGCGGCCCAAUACACCAUGAACGAGUCUUUGUCUGCGGACAUGAGAAGGCAUGGCACUAAAUACUCCAUAAUAGUGCUCUAUUCUCUCGCACAACUUCAAAUCCCAUGGGAAGUGGAUCAACCAGAAUCAUGGCAUCCCACAAUGGGUGCUAAGAUCAAUGCAGAUUUUCCAGAAAGACAUCAAAACGCUGUAUUUGAUGGUUUUGAACACCCAAGAUUUGGAUUGAUAGUGGCUGUGAGGGCUACGAAAGAUAUCAGACAAGGUCAAGAGAUCUUGGUGGACUAUGGUUAUCAAGAGGCUCCAUUCCCAGCAGACUUUUUGUGGUACCACCAAGCUAAGAAGGAAUACCUCCAAGAGUUGGAAUCUAAACGUAAAGAAGAGGAAAAACUGGCAAUGCGUCACGCUUGAUCCAAUUAUCUGCAAUCGUUGAUUUCAACAAAUUAAUUAAAUGUCAGGUGGAAAAGUUACGAAAUUUGACCCAUAGUUUUGUUCUAGGUAGAGCUCUAGGAUGAAAACCGUCACUCCAACUAGGCCAAUGAGAUUACAAUAGUCCCGAGAAUAAGAUGUCUGGCAAUAUCAAAAUUAAAACAAAGCUAAUUUACACACAAAACGAAACUCAAUAGAACCGUUUAAUUUUGAAGUGUCAGUUCUUUAGCAAGAGCUUCUAGUUCUAGGACAAAGGUAUUGAAUGGCCUGACUUCCGAUAUUGACUUCAGUUUUGUUAAAAGAGAUUACAAGCAAAAAAAAAAAAAACGGGAACGGCAAAGUGACAUGAGCUUUUGAGAAUAAUAGCCUAGUGCUUCAAAAAAGUAUUUGCUUAAUCAAACAACCAAAUUAACAAAUCAAAGUUCAUCAGAAGCUCUUUUUAAAAAGCAUUUCAGGCCAAGAGGCAAAACAUUUUUGCUAGUCAUCAAUGUACGAGGGCUAUGUCACUUAUUACGGUACUCCAGGAAUAGCUCUUGAUAUGUGCAAGAUAGAGCAAACUUUUAUUUUAUGAUUUUUCGACAUAGUCACCUCCAAUUUCAAAACCCUUAUUACAUUUUUUAACCCAACGCUCAAAUGCAAAUAAGAAGCCAUUCUUUGGGAGCUGUCUUAACACCCCCUGUACGGCCAAUUCCAGCUCAUUUUGAGGGCCAAAUCGAUGAAAUUCACGAUACCAUAAAAACAACUUUUACAUGAAAGUGCAGCUUUUCCAUAGGCCUCUUGCAAAAAUUUGAAGCAUUUCUUCGCAGUUUUGCCCGAUUUUGCAAAAGAUUAUAUUGUUGCAUAUUGAUCUUCCAUUUUGUUUCGCGGUACUUUUGAAAGGAAUAGGCUGAAUACACUAAAGAAAUUUCAAAUUUGCAGGAAAUCAGCUGAACUUUUGUUUGUUUAUGCAAAAAUAAAGUGUUGCCAUUCAAAAAGGUCUUUCAAUACCUAAUGACCAUUUUUCAAUAUCUUAAUUUUCAUAUAAUAUAUGUCUGGUAAUAUGAGUACCGGUUUAAGAGACAUACCCCUAGUAUUAUGAGGGUAAAAAAAAGUUAGCUCUAUUGUACCACAAUAAAAUAUUCUUUCUCAAUGGUGACAUGUCAUGCCAGAAUAGUGCAAAGUUGAUGGUUAUUUAUAACAAAAAGUGAUAACUUUUCUAAUAUUUUGGCAAACACAUUUCAAGAUUCAAAUAUUGGAUAAAUCUGUUUAAAUUCCAAUGCAGGUCAUAUUCCCUCUUGUUGUGUUAAAAAUU